CUCUCUCCAUCUCUCUCUCUCUCUCUGUCUCUCUCCAUCUCUCUCUCUCUCUCUCUGUGUCUCUCUCCCCUCCCUCUCUGUCCCCUCCCUGUCUGUCUCUGUCUCCCCUGCCCCCCUCCCCCCGGCAGUCUCUAUCUCUAUCUCUGUCUUUGUCUCUCUCUCUCCCUCUCAUCAUCCUAGACUACAAAGGAUGCUCUUGCUUCACCCUCCUGCCCUGGUGCCUCGGGCCCACACGUCACGCAGGUGUACACACAGGGGUUACACCUGUUUCUCCUGGUGCCGGGAGGUAAGUGAGUGAGUGGCAGAGCAGGGUGCCCGGCCGAUACCAUUCCUGAAGGGUGGGGAUCCGUCUCAGGUUAUAUAGGCAGGAGCCCCAACAGAAGCCGGUGCCUUGGGCCGUUGGCACAUCAGAGCCUCUCAAGGGAAUCGUCUGGUGGCACCGUUCUCAGGGAGGCCUGAUUCCUGCCACCUCCUGGUUGGGCUGCAUCCAUUUUGCAGCCAGUUGCCACAAGCUGACCAUCCCUGGCCUGAGGUAGGUCUAUUUGUCUACACAUUCUCUUUGGUAACAGAGAGAGCGAGACAUCUCCGAGCCGGACCCAGGACUGGCGACCCUCUUGUGAGCUUCUCAGAGGGGAAGCUCAGGGCUGGACGUCUCCUGGCCACAAGACUCUCACUGGCAGGCUUCACUGCCAUGAAGGGCCAGGGUGGCUCCUUAGAAUUCUCAGAUUACUGCCCAGAAGACAUUCCUGGCCUGGAAAACCCAGGAGGUGUCUGAAACGGGGCCGCACCAGCGCUGAGAAGGGCUCCUUUUAGCUCCACUCGGGACCACUCAAUAAGUCGGGCUGGCACGGGGAGGGGGUUCGUCUUGUUCUGCUUGGCCCCAGCGGGCAGAACCAGCCAGAUGUGGGAGAUUCUUCCUGACAAUGAGAUGUAUCCCAAAGGCACCACAGAGGCCAUCCAGCCCAAUGCUAGAGAUCACCCUAGAGAAAAGAGGGAUCAGGGCAGGGAAGUUAGGGAAUUCCCCAAGUUGCCGGGAGUAACAGGGUGCAGAAGACAGGAUUUGAACUCUGGUUCUCUGACUCCUUCCACUAUACCUGUAUAAGGUAGUGAGUGGACAGCCACUUCUGGAGGAUGGCCUAAAGGGGGUGCCUGUCCAGAAAUGGUUGGCCUCCUGAUGGGGCCUCCUUAUACUCUGAGAUUCCGUUAUCCAGAAAAGGGUGCCAGGACUGCAUUCAUCUUAAGCGGUGUUGGCAAACCUUUCUAAGUCUGAGUGCCCGAAAGGCAAAUUCAAGCUGUCUGUGAGCCCCCGCAUUACCAGACAGUGGAGAGAGCACAGGGAGGAAGUGCUUGCUUUGGGAGGCUGGACAGAGGGGCAGCAUGUGCAAAAAAUGUCCUUGGCUGCUGGGAAGAGGGAGAACAGAGAGGCUCCCCAUGUGCCGGCUCUGCAGGCGUGCCACGUCUUCACCAAUGCUGAUCCAAAGGGACUUCUUUUAUGGGAUGGAAAGCCCAACUCAGACUUGUUUUGUUAUUACUGUUGCUGUUGUUGCAGUCAUUGGUGGUUGGGUUCCUAGGAAGCUCUAUGAUUUGGCUUAGGUAAUAGUCACAAGAAGGCUGCUGGGGAGAGUCCUGUUACAAUAAAGGGCCCCUUCCAUCCAGAUCUAAUCCAUAAGUCACUCGAUAGCCCCACGCCUCAGUUUCCCCACCUGUAAAAUGAGGGGGAAGCAUUAAAUAACCUCAAAGGCUCCCUCCUUCCAGAUCAAAUCUAUGAUCCUAGUUCACUUAACUGACCCAAGCCUCAGUUUUCCCAUCUAUAAAAAGAAGGGGCUGUCCUGGAAAACCUGGAAGAGGAACUCUACAGUCUCUCUCAGCUGGAUCUAUUCUCCUAUUACCCAAAACAAUCCAGCUGGCUGAUAGUGUGGAGGAAUGUAGACAGAGGGCCCAAACCUCCAGGGAGGAGGGGAAGGGAAGAGGGGAGGGGGCUCUUCUUUGGACCGAGCGUGGGCCAGUGUGCGUCACUCCCACCCACCCUGCUCCGUGGGUCUAGAGGAGGAGGAAAGGCUUUGAAAUCUCCUCGCCCCUUUCCUCCUCCCUCCAUGCUUCUAAGAGCUUUUUAAUUAGCCUCCUAGAAGAGCCGAGGUGGGAGGACCUGGGAGGCCACUGAGUCUGGCUCUUUCAUUUUGUAGAGAAGGAAACAGCCCUCCAGAGAGGUGAAUGGAGUCAUCCAGUUCAUGCCUGAUCUGGGACAGACUUCUAAGCCCCAUGGCUUCCUCCCCGCUGCUCCAGAAGAAGCAGCUCUUUCACACAGGAGCCCAUGUCUACCGAAUCCCUGCCCUGAUCUACCUGGCCCAGCACCGCACCUUCUUGGCAUUCGCUGAGCAGAGGGCCAGCACGGCUGAUGAGAAGGCCAAGGAGAUUGUCCUGCGCAGAGGGGAAUACAAGCCAUCAGCAAACCUGGUGCAGUGGCAAGAGAUGACGGUAAUGAGGACGGCUCAGCUGCAGGGCCACCGGUCCAUGAAUCCCUCCCCUGUGUAUGACGAAACCACGGGGACCCUGUUUUUGUUGUUUAUUGUUGUCCCGGGCCAGGUGUCUGAACAGCACCAGAUCACCACCAAGACUAAUAUGGCACGUCUGUGCUAUGUGAGCAGCCAGGAUCAGGGCAGGACCUGGAGCCCUGCCACAGACCUCACCAAUUCUGCCAUUGGGCCUGCCUACAAGGAGUGGGCCACUUUUGGCAUUGGACCAGGCCAUGGUGUGCAGCUAAGCAACAGCUCCCGGAGGCUGGUGAUCCCCGCCUAUGCUUACAGAAUCCUCAAGCCUCACAAGAAGCCCUCUCCCUUUGCCUUCUGCUUCCUCAGUGAUGACCAUGGGCAGACAUGGAAAAUGGGAAAUUUUACAACCAUGGAGAACACCUUGGAGUCCCAAGUAGUGGAAGUGGGUGUUCAUGGGCAGAGGGUCCUGUACUGUAACUCCAGAAGCACCCACAAGUUGAGGGUCCAGGCAGUCAGCUUCAAUGAUGGAAUGGACUUCCUGGAUGCUCAACUGAACCCAACAUUGGUUGAACCACCACAUGGCUGCCAUGGAAGUGUGGUUGGCUUCCCUGAUCCCACCCAAAAUGUCUCGGACUCUGCCGACACCUGGGUGCUUUACUCCCAUCCCACAAACCCAUCUGAGCGGGAAGACUUGGGUAUAUAUCUUAAUAGGAAUCCCUUGGACCCAAAGGGCUGGACAAAGCCAGCCAUCCUAGCAAGAGGCCUUUGUGCUUACUCAGACCUCCAGUACAUGGGGCCGGGGCCCAAUGGGUCACCCCAGUUUGGGUGCUUGUUUGAAUACGGAAAUUAUAAUGAAAUCCUUUUCUUCAUGUUCACCCUUGAGCAAGUUUUCCACUCUUGACCCCUCCUGCUGUUCAAGAAUUGGUUCUGCUGCUCAGAUUCCCUUCUUUUCCUCUUUGAGCGACAUCCCCAAGGGCAAUCGUUGUCCUUUCUCUCUGGGGCCCUCAGGAUCCACGAGGCCUCUAUGCCAGUCUUUGGCUUCCGCCAUUAAAAGCACACCGUGUUUAACCCAGGCCCCAUCUGGCUGCUUUCUUUCCAGUAUUUUCUUAGUAUUUACCAACAGGAUUUGCUACUUCUAGCCUUAAAUGCUCAAAAGACCCUUGUUAGAGGCAGGG